CAUCAAAUAUACAUAAGUUCGAAAGUCUAUUUUCACCUCGAGUCACUGAGACAUUGCAGUUAAUAGGAAUACGACGUGAACUGUAUGAAUAUCAGUGUGAUGAGCAUGACACUCGUUUUCUGAUUAAGGUCCCAUCGAGUUUUUGCUUUUACUAACACAACGCUGUUGCACGCAGGAUGGCGGCAACAACAAUGAAGGAUGCAGCAUGUAUGGAAAUAGACCGGUAUGCGGCUGACCUUAAUGAAAUCAGUCAGACCAUAUGGGAAAAACCUGAACUUUAUUAUGAGGAGAUAAAUGCUCACCAAGUACUGACUGAUUUUCUUGAGAAGCAUGGAUUUAAGGUUGAGAGGAAUUACAAAUUGAAUACAGCGUUCAGGGCAGUGUUUGGUCAAGAUGGAAUAGGUCCUCAUGUGGCCGUACUGUGUGAAUAUGAUGCCCUGCCAGAGAUCGGACACGCUUGUGGUCACAACUUGAUAGCUGAAGUGGGCGUGGCAGCGGGUCUUGGAGUGAAGGCGGCACUACAGGCUACAGGAAAGGGAGGGAAGUUAACUGUUCUGGGCACUCCAGCUGAAGAGGAUGGUGGUGGUAAACUCGAUCUCAUCAACGCUAACGUCUUUAACGAUGUUGAUGUUGCGAUGAUGGCGCAUCCUUCGCCAUAUGUAACCGCAUGUCCUUUGUUUCUGGCCGUCGUAAGCUGCACCAUCAAGUUCCAUGGCAAGUCGUCUCACGCUGCGGGAUUUCCCUGGAACGGCAUCAACGCUCUUGACGCCGCCGUUUUGUGCUACCAGAACAUCUCCUGCCUCAGACAACAGAUGAGACCUGACUGGAGAGUGCAUGGAAUCAUAAAGAAAGGAGGUGUGAAGGCAAACGUCAUUCCUGAGGUCUCAGAACUCGCAUACUCCCUGAGGACACCUACAGACAAAGAGCUGAACGUUCUGAAGGAGAAAGUGUCCAAGUGUAUAGAGGCUGCUGCUUCGGCCACAGGAUGCACGGUUGAAUACGAGUUCGACCCAAAGGAAUACUCCAACGUUGUAACCAACAGGACUCUGGCCAAUGCCUUUGUUGCUAAUGCUAAGGUUAUUGGAGUUGAGUUUACCCAGCAGGAAAAGCUGAAAGGUGUGUGCAUAGGUUCCACAGACAUGGGAAACGUGUCCUACGUCGUACCUAGUAUCCACCCUAUCUACUACGUCGGGGUUAAGGACUGUCUCAACCACACAAGGGAGUUCACAGCGGCUGCUGGUUCACCUGAAGCACAGCCCUACACGUUGGACAUCGGUAAGGCCCUGGCCAUGACUGCUGUUGAUGUCUACACAUCACAAGAUAUCCAGGCAGAGAUCUAUGAGGACUUUAGCAGGGAUAUGAACUAUUAGCUUAAGAACUAUUUUGCAGUUGUAUGUGUGUUCCAUAUACUAUUUAAAAUAAGUUAAAGAACACCCUAGUUUUAUCAUAUGACUACAGUAAAUCUGUCAUGGCCGGUAGGUAUUGCAACACACACCCUUCUUAGUGUGGGCGUUCUUUAACUUGUUUUGAGUCGCUGUCAUCAAAUCCGUUCUGUACCAAAAGUGCUUUUAGCUUACAUCUGUCAAAUAGUGAUUUCCCCCGAAUGCGUCAUCGUCACCUUGAAUGCAAGUACAAUUUAUUCCAGUGUGAUAUCAACAGUCACUAACGACGGAUGCUACUGUUCAAAAGGGCAUAACUAUUGAAAUCCUUGUUCACAGAAUGUAUGAACAGCUAGUGUCAUCUUAAAAUCUAAAAUAGCAUAUCGUUUAUUUUGUCGAUAGUCUAUCCUUAUAAGUCGUUAUAAAAGGUACAAAUGUG